AUGGUUGCUUUUACUCUUACUCACGAGCAUGGUUAUGUUUUGGGCGUUGCUGUGACCAGCGCUCUGUUUGUGACUAGUCUUGGGAUUAGAGUUGGAGCUGCUCGUCGUGCAGCCAAGGUUCCAUACCCUUACAUGUAUGCCGAGGUUGCUGCAGCAGAAAAGGAUCCAGCCAAGUACAAGUUCAACUGUGCUCAGCGAGCACACCAAAACACCCUUGAAGGUUAUCCAGUCUUUUUGAUGCUUCUCGGAAUCAGUGCAAUUGAGCACCCCAUGUAUGCAGUUGCUUCUGGUAUAAUUUGGAUCGUCGGAAAACAUCUCUACGCACAAGGCUACUGCACUGGUGACCCAGACAAGCGAGUCAGAGGAGCAUUCUCUUAUCUUGGUCUUUUGACCUUGCUCGGAAUUUCCAUCAAGACUGCUAUAACUCUUGCCAUGUCUGCUUAG